AAAAAGUGAGAAAAAAAAAAUUGAAAUUUGAGAGAGAGGCCAUAUAAUAAUUCAACUCUCCUCUCUAUAGUUUCCCUAUUUCAUCUUCUUCUUAUUCUUCAAAUAUCCCCCUCUUCUCCGCGAUUGGCUUCAAUUCCUAAUCUUAUUCGCUCCCGGUUAGAUCCAAAUCGAAUCCCCCAUCUUCCAAUUUCUAGGGUUUUUUUUUUUUUUUUUAAUUGGAUCAAAUCCAAUCACGGUGCUUCGGCGAUUGCUGAAUCCUCCUCGAUUGGGGGCGGCGCUAGGGUUUGUUCAUCGGGAUUCGCGGAUCCCCGGUUCGGUUCGGCACAAUUCCAACCAUGUUUUGGCGUAUGGCCGGCUUGUCCACGGCGUCUCCGGUGGAGACGAUUUUGGACAAGGAUAAUUUCACAUUGGAAGAGCUUCUUGAUGAAGAUGAGAUUAUUCAAGAAUGCAAAGCUCUUAAUGGGCGCCUAAUCAAUUUCUUGCGAGAAAGAGUCCAGGUGGAGCAACUCAUUCGAUAUAUUGUUGAAGAAGCUCCCGAGGAUGCUGAAAAGAGGCGAACUUUCAAAUUUCCUUUUAUUGCGUGUGAGAUUUUUACUUGUGAAGUUGAUAUCAUACUCAAAACAUUGGUAGAGGAUGAGGAGUUGAUGAAUUUGUUGUUCUCCUUUUUGGAACCAAAUCAUUCCCAUAGCACACUCUUGGCUGGCUACUUCAGUAAGGUUGUUGUUUGCCUGCUGUUGCGUAAGGCAGUUCCUUUUCUGCACUAUAUUCAGGGUCAUCAGGAUAUUGUCAAGAAGCUAGUUGACCUGAUUGGAAUAACAUCAAUCAUGGAGGUUUUAAUACGUCUGGUUGGUGCUGAUGAACAUAUGUAUUCAAACUAUAUGGAAGCAAUGCACUGGAUACAAGAUACCGAUGUGCUAGAGAUGAUUGUGGACAAGUUCAGCUCUUCAGAUUCUCCUGAAGUGCAUGCUAAUGCAGCGGAGACGCUUUGUGCUAUAACUAGGUUUGCUCCACCUGGACUUUCUUCUAAAAUCUCCAGCCCAAGUUUCAUAGGAAGAUUGUUUCGGCAUGCUUUGGAGGACUCUCGGCCAAAAUCGGUUCUUGUUAACUCUUUGUCAGUGUGUAUCUCUUUGUUAGACCCUAGGAGGCUAACUUUGGGAACAUAUCAUAUGUAUGGACGUCAAAUGACUCAUGGAUCCACAGUUACUGCCAACCCUGAGACUGUUGUCGGCAUGUUGGAGAGCCUAGGUGAUUUGCUGAAACUCUUGGAUGUUUCAUCAGUAGACAAUACGUUGUUAACUACAUAUGGCAAGUUACAGCCGCCUCUUGGAAAACAUCGCUUAAAGGUUGUAGAGUUCAUUUCGGUAUUACUUACAGUCGGUAGUGAAGCUGCCGAGAAGGAAUUGGUUAGUCUUGGAGCAGUGCAAAGAAUUUUAGACUUGUUUUUCAAGUACCCGUAUAACAACUUUGUGCAUCACCACAUAGAGAAUAUAUUAGUGUCAUGUUUGGAAAGCAAGAAUGCUCCUCUUGUUGAGCAUCUUCUUCGCGAAUGUGAUCUUGUUGGAAAAAUACUUCAAGCAGAAAAGAAUUCUACAUUGUCAGCUGACUCGGACAAGCCAACUAUUCCUGCUGAGGGUAGACCCGCACCCAGGAUAGGGAAUAUUGGACAUUUAACACGUAUAUCCAAUAAACUCAUUCAGCUGGGGAAUAACAACAGCGAGAUUGAGGCAUAUCUGCAGGAGAACAGUGAGUGGACUGAUUGGCAGACAAAUGUUCUAUCGAAACGUAAUGCACUGGAGAAUGUCUAUCAGUGGGCAUGUGGGCGACCAACAGCCUUGCAUGAUCGAAAUAGGGAUAGUGAUGAUGAUGAUUACCAAGAUAGAGAUUAUGAUGUUGCAGCUCUCGCUAAUAACUUGAGCCAGGCUUUUCGAUAUGGCCUUUACAGCAAUGAUGAUUUAGAUGAGGGCCAGGGUUCACUUGAACGAGAUGAUGAGGAUGUAUACUUUGAUGAUGAAUCUGCUGAAGUUGUCAUAUCUUCACUGCGUCUUGGAGAUGACCAGGAAAGUGGUUCUCUGUUUACAAAUUCCAACUGGUUCGCAUUUGAGGACGAUAGGGCUUCCAGUGAUCGUGCAACUGGAUCCCUUACCUCUCCAUCUCCUGAUACCAUGGAGGCUAAUGUUACCAAUGGUGGUGGUGAGGAUAAUGUCAUUGUUGGUGAAGAUGAUGACUUGGUUGACACUGCAACAUCUUCUCCAGAACCGGGAACAAAACCUGAAGAUUCAGAAGUUAGCGUGCCCAACAAUUCUACAGAAGUGGGAUCCAGUGAAACUGAUAAGCCACCGGAGUGGGUUGAAUGGAGGGAAACUUCAGAUUCUGGGGAACCAUCUGAUGCCCUACCUAAUGGUGAACUUCAAACGGUAUCUCCAGAUGCAGCGACAAGUUCCCCGUCCUCUGAUCCAUUGGUAAGUAAAGAUGAAAUUGAUGCUGGACAUCAAGCAGAAAUAUCAGCUGAGAAAACUUCAAAACCUUCUGAGCUUUCAGAAUCUGGAAAUGGGAAUCCAAGUUCUGAUUCAACCACUUCUGACGCUGCAGCAAGUGCUGUUGGAACAAAGGGCACUCAAGAAGCAGCAGCCACUGUAGGGGAUAAAAAGGAUGACAAGGAAGGGAACUAAUGUAAAUUCUUUAUGAUCAGUCGGUUUUAACUGGGCUAACUCAUUACUCCACAACAUUGAUCGGGUGAUCGGGUGGGAAGUUGAAUUCUGGACACUGGUUGGUUGGCGCCUAGCCACUCAUAGGGCCUUGCCACAUCAUCAAAGGCAGUGUUUUUGAAUAUAGGGCUGAUGAAAUUUUUUUCCCACCUGUAAAAAAUCUCUGUUCUCUUUUUUUGGUACCCUUCCCUCCCCGCCCUCUCUAUUUAUAUUUUUCAAGGAAAAGGGAAGGGAAGGUUUUCAUUUGCAGACCUCGUAGCAAGUAAUUUGAUCUUUCAUCAAUUGUCUAAAGCUAGGUUUUACGUAAGUUGGAUUUUUCACGUGGUGCAUGUAUCCUUAGCAAGGACCUGUCAAUAUAUAAACUUGUCCCCUCCCUCUCUCUGAAUGUGAAAUUUGAUUUCAUUUGAGUCUC